AAAAAGCCAAGAACUUAACAGUCGUUGGAGGUGUUGAUGCUGAUUGAUUGGAAGCAAAAUCAAUGAUAUUUGAGGCCAGUUUCUCAAUAUAAAACUCUACCUCCUACGAACCAAAAAACCCAACGGAGAUAAAAAGGAGAAAUUUCAAAGGCUGUUUAGAGAUUUCUCGUUCUCAUGUUUUGAUUUUUGAAGCUUUUUUUUUUCUUUUUAUUGGUUGAAUUGUAUAAAAGAGAGCUGAUUGAUGGAAGGCAACAUUCGACACAAGUUCAAGAGAGUCUGUGUCUUCUGUGGGAGUAGCUCCGGCAACAGAACAGUCUUCGGUGAUGCUGCUCUUGAUUUGGGUCAUGAACUGGUGAAGAGAAGGAUAGAUUUGGUUUAUGGGGGAGGGAGUGUGGGAUUGAUGGGUUUGAUCUCCCAAGCUGUUUAUGAUGGAGGCUGCCAUGUUCUUGGGGUUAUUCCAACAGCUCUUAUGCCUCUCGAGAUAUCCGGCCAGACUGUGGGCGAAGUAAAAUCAGUUUCUGACAUGCAUGAGCGUAAAGCGGAAAUGGCCCGACAAGCUGAUGCUUUUAUUGCUCUUCCGGGAGGAUAUGGAACCAUGGAAGAGCUUUUGGAGAUGAUAACAUGGUCACAGCUCGGAAUUCACAGCAAACCGGUCGGUCUAUUGAAUGUUGAUGGUUACUACAAUUCCUUGCUUGCAUUGUUCGACAAUGGUGUCGCGGAAGGUUUCAUCAAGCCAUCUGCUCGGCAUAUCGUUCUCUCUGCUCCAACUGCGAAAGAACUGAUUGUGAAGAUGGAGAUUUACAGCUUGCUCAGAGCUUCAGCAUCAGCCACGUAGAGAUUGAGAGAGAUUUUCUCAUGAUCAUCAACACUAUCAAAGGGAUUCGUGCACGAGCAUGGGAGGUGGCCACCAUUGUUCUCAAGGAGUUGUUCAACCAUUUUUUCUGUUGGAAGAUGAAGAACAUUCAUCGUCAAGGGAAUGAUGCUGUCAAUAUCCAGGUGAUUAUCAAAUCAGUAACUAUAACUUAGCCCCCACCAUGUAUUUUGUAAUAGUUUGUUUUUAAAGAACACCUGUAUUGAAUUGAAAUUUUCUUA